CUCCCGCUUUCGCCAGCGCCCCAGCGGCUGGGGAGGCCCCCGACUCCCUGCACCCGGGACUCGGCGGGUGGAGAGGAGUCUGCAGGCCUCGGGGCGUCCGGGCGCCGAGGGCGGGUGCGCGGCCGGGCGGAGCCGAGCGGGGAAAGGGCUGGUGCGUCAGUUUCACGCGCGGGGAAGGAAGCCGGCCCGAGGCCUCGGGGACAGCGGGCGCGGGCGCCCGGGCACGUCCGCAGGCUCGGCCGGGAGGUGGCAGCCGCUGAGAGGCGGGAGAGCCGAGGGCGGGCCUGGGAGGCGGCCCGGAGGUGGAGCCGUCGGGGGCCGGCCCGCGCGGGCUACAUCUGCGGACGCACGGCCUGCGCCCUGCCGCUGGGGACUAGCCGGCGCUGGCUUAGCUACGGCCGGAGCGGCUAUGGGCUGUGGCUGGGGCUUCCUGAUCGGCCUUCUGGGCGCCGGGUGGCUGCUGGCCACCGGCCACAGCGGGCAGCAGCCCCCGGAGACGGCGGCGCAGAGGUGCUUCUGCCAGGUUAGUGGUUACUUGGAUGACUGUACCUGUGAUGUUGAAACCAUUGAUAGAUUUAAUAACUACAGGCUCUUCCCAAGACUUCAAAAACUUCUUGAAAGUGACUACUUCAGAUAUUACAAGGUUAACCUGAAAAGGCCAUGUCCUUUUUGGAAUGAUAUUAGUCAGUGUGGAAGAAGGGAUUGUGCUGUCAAGCCUUGCCAUUCGGAUGAAGUACCAGAUGGCAUUAAAUCUGCAAGCUACAAGUAUUCUGAAGAAGCCAAUAGUUUCAUUGAAGAAUGUGAACAAGCCGAAAGACUUGGAGCUGUGGAUGAAUCUCUGAGUGAGGAGACACAAAAAGCUGUUCUUCAGUGGACCAAGCAUGAUGAUUCUUCAGACAACUUCUGUGAAGCUGAUGACAUACAGUCUCCUGAUGCUGAAUAUGUUGAUUUGCUCCUUAAUCCUGAGCGAUACACAGGUUACAAGGGACCAGAUGCGUGGAAGAUAUGGAAUGUCAUCUAUGAAGAAAAUUGUUUUAAACCACAGACAAUUAAAAGACCUUUAAAUCCUUUGGCUUCCGGUCAAGGGAAAAGCAAAGAGAACACUUUUUACAGUUGGCUUGAAGGCCUCUGUGUAGAAAAAAGAGCAUUCUACAGACUUAUAUCUGGGCUACAUGCAAGUAUUAAUGUACAUUUGAGUGCACGAUAUCUGCUUCAAGAUACCUGGUUGGAACAAAAAUGGGGACACAACAUUACAGAAUUUCAGCAAAGGUUUGAUGGAAUUUUGACCGAAGGAGAAGGUCCAAGAAGACUUAAGAACUUAUAUUUUCUCUACUUAAUAGAAUUACGAGCUUUAUCUAAGGUGUUACCAUUCUUUGAGCGCCCGGAUUUUCAACUCUUCACUGGAAAUAAAGUUCAGGAUACUGAAAACAAAAUAUUACUUCUGGAACUACUUCACGAAAUCAAGUCAUUUCCUUUGCAUUUUGAUGAAAAUUCUUUUUUUGCUGGAGACAAAAAAGAAGCAAAUAAACUAAAGGAGGAUUUUCGGCUGCAUUUUAGAAAUAUUUCAAGAAUCAUGGAUUGCGUUGGUUGUUUUAAAUGUCGACUGUGGGGAAAGCUUCAGACUCAGGGUUUGGGCACUGCUCUGAAGAUCUUGUUUUCUGAGAAACUAAUAGCAAAUAUGCCAGAAAGUGGGCCCAGUUAUGAAUUUCAACUCACCAGACAAGAAAUAGUAUCAUUAUUUAAUGCAUUUGGAAGAAUUUCUACAAGUGUGAGAGAAUUGGAAAACUUCAGGAACUUGUUGCAAAAUAUCCAUUAAAGGACAUCAGUUGAAAUGUACGUAUGUGCCUGUUUCUGGACACUGGAGGCCAAAGAGUGGAAUUUCAUUCAAAGGCAUCACAGAAAUGACAGUCUUAAGCCAAACAUUUUAUAAAGCUGCUUUUGUAAAGGAGAAUUAUAUUGUUUUAAGUAAGCCAUUUUUAAUUGUGUUGUCAUAUAUAAUAUUAUUGUGAGUAAAAGUGAUGCUUUGAUAAUGAACUAUAAAUUUUAAAGUUUAAUAUGGAAUAAAAUCAGGAUUAUCUAAUUCCUAUAUGGGAAAACUAAGCAAAUGAUGUUUUACAUCUCUCAAACUAGAUUUUUGUGUUAGCUGUCAUACAAAUAAAAUCAUGACCAAUGUGACAACCAUUUAAUGGAAAAAUGCUAGGAGAUAGCUUAAUAUUUUUCAAAGUUUUUUAGGUUACCAGACUUAGCAAAUAAAAAUACAAAAUGCCCAGUGACACUUGAAUUUUAGAUAAAUAACAAAAAUUUUCUUAAAUUUAAAUGUUAUAAAUAAUAUUUGGGAUAAACAUACUAAAAUUAUUUCUUAUUUAAAAUUCAAAUUUAGCUGGGAGGCUUUGUUUUAACUGGCAAAACUAAAAUACAUUGGUAUAAAAUAAAUAAACUUUUAGAAUUAUAUUGCUAUUUUCAUUGGGUUGUUUUGUUGUGUAGAAAGACACAAAGACAACUCAAAGGCAUAUGUGAUUUCUUAAUGUUAUAAAAAGAUGAAUAGAUUUAUAUACUUAUUCUCAUAAAUAAGUCCCUAAUUUGAAUAAAAUUUUGGGGAAAUGUUUUAUUUUUAUAUAAUUUAAAAUUUACAGAAAAGUUUUCAGGAUAGCACAAAGAACACACUUUACCCAGAUCUACUAAUUGUUCAUAUAGUGUUAUUGUUCAUACUUUCUAGUUUUCCUUUGUCAUUUGAAAGUCAAUUAUAGGCAUUAUACCCUUGAACCCUAAAUUUUGCCAUGUGUAUAAUAAGUGGUUUUAAAUGAAUUUUUUUCAGAAGAGAUCUGGAACUAUAAUACUAUGAACCUAGAAUAAGGAAUCAUUUUGAGUUUCAAUCUUAAGUUUUUCUCUUUUUUGAGCUUUGUUACCCCUUUCAUACGUGAUUUAUAAUUAAGGGCAUGUAUAUUUUAGUUUUUGUACAUAAAGUUUUUUUUUUCCUUCCUAAAACUAAACUGUAAUCUUGGAUGGUUCUCAGUAAUAGAAUAAUGAAAAUAAUCCUCAGUGGUAAAAAAUUUUUAAAGUGUUUCAGCAUUUCUUUCACAUGGUAAUUGUAGGUGAAAAGAAACAAAGAAACUGUUUACCUCAAAAUUGUGUGCUCUUUUUAUGUCUAAGCAGGUAUACCAUAUGAAAUGCCUCAUUAUUGAUAAAGCAGAGUUUAUAUAAUGGAUUAGCGAUGUCAUUUUACACUGCUGUAUACUUUUUUUUCUGUGUUCCUAAGAACGUAGUGCCAAAAAGAAUAGUGGGUAAUAAGACAUAUUUGUUGAAUGAAUCUAUGAAUAUGUAUUCAGUGUACUUGAAAGAAAUAGUUACAGAACCAAGAUUAACAGUGUGUGUCCUAUUUUCCUUUCAAUUUUUCUGAGUAGGGGAGAAAAGGAAAAAUAGUAACCUACUAAUUAGGUAAAAAUUACCAGAGACUCAAAUAAUUCUUGAGUGAGCAUAAGAUAUAAAAGCUUUAUUGAGGUCAUUUGUAAUAUUCUGAAAAUAUUGUAGAUGGUUUUAAGUGGUAAUUUUGUCUACAACUCUCUAAUGCCUUACCUUUUUUUUUUUUAAAAAAAAAAUAGCCAUUUAAAAGAAUAAUUUUUCUGUCUUCCACUUGGUCACCUUCCAUAUGCCCCUUAACUACAAUCUAUUUCCAGCAUUCUUUCUUUGAAAUAAAAAUCCCCAAUCAAAAUCCACAGUUCAGUACAUAAGCCCGUUUAUUUGUUUCUUUUUAGGCCACACCCUGUGAUGCUCAGGGGUUAUUCCUGAGCACACUCAGAAAUUACUCCUGACAGGGCUAGGGGGUUGGGGUACACAUGGGAUGCUUGGGAUGGAACACAGGUCAGCCUUGUGCAAGGCAAGUGCCCUACCUGCUGUACUAUUGCUCCAGCUCCCACAAACCCAUUUUGUAUUUGACUUUUUUGUUGUUUAUUGAUAUGACUUCCUUUCCCCUAUAUUUGACAGUGUGUAUGACCCCUUUAAAAAAAUCUUUUCCCUCUGGUUCUUUGACUUUCCCCUGUGCUCUCUUUAUCUGUGGGAAGGGCUCGUCCCCCUGUGAUUCUUGAUCAACCAGACUGGAGUUUCAAUACUAGGGCCUGAAGAUGACCAUCAGGGUCACACUCAGUAGGGCUCAGGGGACCACCAGCGCUAUACAUGAUGAUACUUGUAGGACCCUGUACUGUUCAUGUACUGCUAGGGAUAGAACCAGGAUCAGGUGUACAAUAACCCCCGUACUUUCCCCACUCCCCCACAGCCUCCUUUUACUUUUGCUCUCUUAGUGACCAUCACUUCUCACUCUUGGGUAACUCUAAUUCAAUGAUUUCUAAGUCUUUAUCACUACUGCAUACUUACCAAUUCAUCUGCCUAUGUAUAUCUUCCCUUUGUUGUCCCAAAGACGCCUGUGCAUCUCAUAAAAUAGUCAUUUUCCCCAAAGUCUACUACUAUGCCUAUGAUCCUUAAUUUAAGAACUAUGGUCAUGAAUAAAUUCUUCAGAAUUACUAUACCUUUCUAUCUUCCUUCCUAUUAAUAUCUUAUCAAUAUAUCAAUAUAUUGAUAUCUUAAUAUCAAUAAGAUCUAUUGAUAUUAUUGAUCAAUAGAUAAUUGAUCAAUAUAGAUCUAAAGAUUUGUCUAUAUGAAUCCAAUUCAUUGUCAUUGCUCUAAAAGUACCACAUGAACUUAUCUCCUUAUACCUAGCUUGUUUUUCUCGGCUCCUGAAUUGGCCUUCUGGAAAUAUAACAAUGUUGUAUCCUACUUAAUGUCCUUCAGUACUUCAUGAACCUUUAGGAGAAAGCAGAAUCCCUUUGCUUGGUGUGCUAGGCCCUCUGAGGUGUAUCUAUUCUCACUUUCCACCUUGUUCUGAUAAAACAGACAUAGAGCUCUUUGGAUGCACUGUGAGCAGGCCUCAACACAUUGAUGCAUUGUAUUUCUUUUGUCCCAAGUGCCCUAACCAUCUUUCCCCACUGGAAUAUGUCUCUUGUGUCCUUGCAAGCCGGCAUCAAACAUCUUUUGUGUGAAAUCUUCCUUGCUCCAUUCAAGGAAGAUCAGCUAACUUUCUUUUGUGUCACCACUGUAAUUACAGCCUACCUCUAUUGUGUCACUUAUGUACUGUAUUGGUUUUUUUCUUUUUUAAAGAUUCCUUUAUUAGAAUGUGAGCUCCUUAAGGGCAGGAAAAGGAACGUUAUCCAUUUUUGCAUCUUCAUAGCACAUUUUCUGGCAUAUGAGCACUUAAUAAAUUGCUUUUAAAUGAUAACUGUAUUAAUUAUCAUAUAAUAGGUCAUAGUCCACUCCAAAUAUUCUUUACAGGAAGAGUAAGUAGAUUCCAAGGAUUUGUGGACUUGAUGGUGGUGGUGGAGGUGCCAAUAAAGUUCCUAAAAUUAUAUUGAA